AUGAACCCGCGGGCGAGCAGGCUCCUUUUGCAGGGGUCCAUUUUCUGCGCGUGCGCAGUGUUCCUCGCCUGGAAGACCAGGCACUCCCCCCUUUUUCGAAAAGUGACAAAUAUCGUAAGAAGAUUCCUCCACUUGAAAAGUCAAAGGGACAUUGAGACAAACGACCAAAUUAGGAACAACGUGAAAAUCUACUUUGGUAGCCAAGGAGGAACUGCGGAGCAGUUUUCCAAAGAACUAAGCAAAAACUUAAGUGACAUUUUCAAAAUAAAAGCAGAGAUAAUCGACUUGGAAUAUUUCAACAAGGAAGAGAUAUCAAAAUUUGGAUGGCUCAAAAUUCUGAAUGACGACAAUGAAUAUUUUAGAAAUACGAUAUAUUCUAUCAUGGGAUUAGGAAGCAAACAAUAUAAGCACUUUAACAAGGUUGCGAAAAAGCUAGCCAAUUAUCUCACCAAAUUUAAGGCAAAACAGAUUAGCGAAAAUGUGUUUGGGGAUGAUGAUGACAAUAUAUAUCAGGACUUUGAAAUUUGGAAAAGCAAAUUUUUUAAAGAACUUGUAAAAAUGCUACAUAUGAAGGAGGAAAUUAUUCCAGCACAAUUUGUCUCAGAAAAUGUGGUCGAGUUGGUGGACUGGACGACCCUUCCAGAGAUAAAUCUCCGCAUUCGGUACGAAGGGGAAGAGGAAGCGGCAGUGCCAGCGGCAUCGGUAGAGGGAGAGGAAGCGGCAGUGCCAGCAGCAGCGGUAGAGGAAUUGGCAGUGGCAGCGGAAGACGCGUUGCCACAUGGGCUGCAAGAAACACACCCCGGUGAAAAGGAGCCAACAAUUUUGCCUCACCAAACGACCGACAUAACGGGCAAGUUCUACUUUAAUCAUCAAAGGGGAAGGGUCAUAUCGAAUGAGAACCUGUUGAAAAAUGUGAACGACACUUCUGACGAUGAUAAGGUAAAUCGUAUAGUUAUCGCUGUGGAGAAAGUCUCCUUCAAAGCAGCUGACACGUUUGUUGUGUUGACGAAAAACCCGAGGCAAGUCGUCUCCUGGUGGUUGAAGCGGUUAGGCCUAGACGAUACAGACAGGAAAAAGAGAUUCACCUUUGUGUCUAGGAACACAACAGAGAAGAAUCACUCCCCAGAAUCUCCCCACAGCAAUUCGAAUUUGAAUGCCUUACCAGGAAGUUCACCACAGGAAAUCCCCCCCUUGUGUGUCCCCUUCCCCACGCCAUGCACUGUGGAAGAUGCACUGGCAUACUACUGCGACUUGACGACCAUACCGAGGGUGAACAUUUUAAAGAAAUUCAGUUGCUUCAUUAAAGAUGUGGAAGAACUCAAAAUGUUCAAUUAUCUCCUUUCCAAUAAACAGAGAAGUACGUUCUUCAACAUUUGCAAAGAGUCAGACAUGACCUUGAUUGAAUUUGUUGAUAUAUUCAUGCCCCAAGCUAAGUUCGAGUUAACCCCGUUUUUGCAACUAAUUCCAAGGAAUGUUCCCAAAAGUUACACCAUUUCUUCAUCCCCCAAGGAAGCGGAAGACACGAUAUCUUUAACCGUUAAGAAGAAACAGUACCCUAUUCAUUCCCUUCGGAAGGCUCUGAAAGGGUUUAAAAAUAACGAUAUGCUUCCCCCCAUAAGUGAGCAGAAGUUACGAGAACUUUGCAGCAGGCGAUGGUUUAAAGGUUCAUCCUCCUUUUACCUAACGGAGGAAUUAGCCCCACAUGAUAGCGUAAAAUUUAAUUUGAAAUCUUCCAAAUUUUGUUUGCCCCCCUAUUUGGAAUCGACCAAUAUUAUCAUGGUCGCUACUGGAACGGGAAUUGCCCCCUUCAAAGCGUUCAUAACGGAAUUUAAGCAUUUCGACCAAAUGUGUGUGCAAAAUGGAGUAGUCAAGAAGGCCAAACGAAUACUCUUCUUCGGAUGCAGAAAGAAAGAAAUAGACUUCCUCUACGAAAGGGAAAUUGCGGAAGCUGAGGAAGGGAAGCAUGUUGAUCAAGUGUUCCUUGCUUUCUCAAGAGAUCAACAUGAAAAGGUUUAUGUGCAGGAUUUAAUUCUGGAAAGGAAGGAUCUUGUAUGGAGUUUGAUCCAAAAGGGGGCCUACAUCUACGUUUGUGGCAAUAGCAACAUGAGCAAAGAUGUGAACAAAACGAUUAACAGCUUGCCCAUGCAUUACAAACAAAACAAUAAGAAAUUUACCAAAAGUUUGAAGAAGGCUGGGCGGUAUGUGGAAGAAAUGUGGUGA